AUGUCCCCGAAAACAGAUCCCGAGUCUAACCCCGUGCUUCUGCGGGGAACCAAAAAACAUUUGCUUGACGCUUUCGAGCAACUGAAGACCAUAUUCGCUGAUGGAGGAGAUGUGUUAAGUGAUUCGGUUGAUGCGUGGUCUGAAAGGUUAGAGCAAAUUGCACAGGAAUACCGUCGUGUGGUUUGCGAGUUAGAGACUGUUCACGGUGAUGAUUCGUAUAAGACUGAACGACUUAAUUUCGACAAAUCGUACUGCGUAAUGCGCGCCAUUGCAUUGAAGCUACAAAAGGGAAACCUUACUCCGCCAUCCCAUCAAGCCCCACGAACAGUGACUAACAUUCGGUACCCUGAGUUGAGUCUACCGCGCUUCAGCGGGCGGCUAGAAGACUGGUGCGUUUUUCGCGAUGCUUUCGAUUCCGCUAUCGGUUGCCGUACAGAGAUCAAUGACUACGAAAAGUUCCAAUACCUAAAGGGUCUUGUUCAGGGUGACGCGUCGCGGAUUGUGAAUUCCGUUCCGGUCAGUCAGGACGGAUAUCGCGAUGCAUGGAGAGCACUAAAAUUACGGUACGAGAAUAAGCGUCAGCUGGUUCGUUGCCACAUUCAAGCUUUGUUUGAUACCCCAGCGAUGAGAAGGGAGUCGGCAGAGGAAUUGCUCAAUCUUGUCGAUCGUUUCGAGCAGCAUUUGGCAGUGUUGAAGCGGUUGGGGGAGGAUACGCUUGCCUGGAGCUCCCUGUUAGUUUUCCAGCUUUCCACUCGCUUACAUCCAAACACCUUGAGGGAAUGGGAAAACCAUUGCGUCCGUCUCGAUUCCGACAACGUGGCAGCCGUUCUAGGAGGCACGGCUGAAGGCGAUGAAGGCGAUGAUGAGGAGGACUUGCCGUCGUACGUGAGGAUGGUUAACUAUUUGCAGAAUUAUGCGAGGGUGCUGCAGUCAGUAGGUCCAUUCAGAGAUCGGGAUGCGAAGUCCAAACCGGUAAGGUCCGCCGUUCAUGUUAGUUCGCCACCUGUCUCGUCCAUUCCUAAAUCUCCUGGAAAAUGUGCGAAAUGUCACCAGGACCAUUUCCUGUAUCAAUGUCCGGAUUUCAACAAGCUCUCCGAGAACCAAAGGCUGGAGUUUGCAAAAAACCUCAAGCUCUGCUUGAACUGCCUCGGGAAGGUUGACCACUUCGCUAAAGCUUGUCCGUGGAAAACCUGUAACCGAUGUUCCAAGAAGCACCAUACCUUGCUUCAUGGGGCAAACUUCGCACUUCCAACUUCGUCUGGCAGUCAACCCUCUCGACCAGUUGCCAUGGUGGCGCAGCCGUCUAGUCCGCCACAAACACCGAGGUCACCGAGCCUACAAGAUUCCCGCUCUUCCUCGUCGACAACCCUGUCUGCUCAGUCGCAACCCCCGUUUGCGUACACGGACCUGAAUGUAGCCAUGAUGACUUGCGAUACGGUGAAGGUCCCAAACACCGUGAUCCUACCAACUGCCUUAGUCGAGAUCGAGGGAAACCAUGGACGCAAGGUGCUAGCCAGGUGUCUACUAGAUUCUGGUUCGCAAAGCAAUUUCAUGACGAGUGCACUAUGCCAGGAGUUGCAUCUUUCUCGAACCAAUGCUCCAAGUCCCGUGGUACUUUCCGGUAUCGGUCAAGCAACUAUCAAGUCGAAUCAGAUGGUCUCCGCGAAGUUAUCGUCUCUCACAUCCGCCUUUUCCGUCGAACCGCAGUUCCUGGUGUUGCCGUCGCUCGCUGUCAAGUUGCCUGUUUCAACCAUUAGCAUCCAGGAAUGGCCGAUUCCCCCGCGUGUAACCUUGGCGGAUCCUGCUUUCUUCGUUUCGCAAAAGGUUGACAUCAUUCUUGGAGCCGAAUACUUCUUCGACAUACUACGGUAUGGUCGGAUUCAACUAGGUGAGAAGCUGCCAUCUCUACAAAACACAGUCCUCGGGUGGAUUGUAUCCGGAGCGUGUCCAGUUGCUGAUCAUGACCAUGCUGAUCCUCGUGCUUGUUUUACCACCAACACCGCCCGGAUCGAGGAAAUUCUCCAGAAGUUUUGGGAGCUGGAAACCGUCCGUGAGACCAAACCUUGGUCCCCUGAAGAAAAGUACUGCGAACAGCAUUUCGUCGAUAAUACAGCACGCAACGAGGACGGAAGGUAUGUUGUGAAACUCCCGAAACGUGAAGAGCUAUUGCUUCAGUUAAGGGAUAACCAAGGCCAAGCAGCGAAGCGCUUCUAUUCGUUAGAGAGGUCAUUGCAAGCGAAUCCUGAAAAGAAGGUACUCUACCACAACUUCAUCCAGCAGUACCUGGGCAUGGGACACAUGCGAGAGGUUUCUUCCCAAGAGCUGUGCCAACGUCCGCAGUUUUUUCUCCCCCACCACGGAGUGUUGAAGAUGGACAGUGCCACCACCAAACUGCGCACGGUCUUCGACGGUUCUUGUAAAUCAAGUUCCGGCAUUUCCCUAAACGACGUCCUGCUUGCCGGUCCAACGAUUCAAGAUGCCUUGGUGGAGAUAGUUGUUCGCUUCCGUAUGCACCGUUUCGUAAUCGCUGCCGACAUUGAAAAGAUGUUCAGGCAGAUCCUAGUCCACCCCGAUGAUCAACCGCUUUCGAGAAUCUGGUUUCGCUUUGACUCGGAACAUCCUCUGAAGGCCUAUCAACUAGUGACAGUAACAUACGGACUGAAUAAUUCUCCCUUUCUGGCGACACGGGUGCUGAAGCAGCUGUCUGAAGACGAGCAGGAGAAUUUCCCGCUUGCGGCACCAAUUGCAAGGAAGGAUUUCUACAUGGACAACCUUCUAAGUGGCUGCAGCGAUGAAACGGAGCUGAUGACAAUUGUCAGUCAAAUGAUCGAGUUGCUUCGCGCAGGAGGAUUUCCGCUUCGGCAGUGGCCAUCGAAUUGUCAGGCGGUCCUUGACGUCAUUCCGGAAGAGUUGAGGGAAACGCGUACAUUGUUGGAGCUCGAUGAAAACAACCCAAUAUCUGCUCUUGGGCUGCUUUGGGAACCGGCAAGCGAUAAACUCGCGUACAAGUUACCCAACCUGAAGGAAAAUGCACCGCUGACAAAACGAACCGUUCUAUCCCAAAUGAGCAGUUUGUUCGACCCCCUUGGGUUACUAGGGCCUGCGAUUGUUCGAGCGAAGAUAUUGAUGCAGUCGCUGUGGAAGCAACACCUCGACUGGGACGCGCCGUUGCCAGAAGGUUUCCGAAAGGAUUGGCAGGAAUUCCAGGACAGCAUACCCUUCAUCCGGGACUUCAAGGUUUCCCGCGCAGUAGUGAAGUACCCCUACCAUCGGCUUGAGUUACACGGGUUCAGCGACGCGUCGGAGCUAGCCUACGGUGCGUGCAUCUACCUCCGGUCAGUGGACGAGAACAACAAGUGCACCGUUGAACUCUUGAUAGCCAAAUCUCGUGUUGCGCCCAUCAACAGCAAAUCGGUUCCGCGGUUGGAGCUUUCCGCUGCGCUCUUGCUAGCACACUUGCUCGAGUUGGUGAGUAAAAGCACAUCUCUUUUCGUACCCGUCUACCUGUGGACGGACUCCACCGUGGUGUUGAGCUGGCUAGCGGCACCACCGUCAAGAUGGAAAACCUUUGUGGCGAACAGAGUGGCGGAGAUACAGGAGAUCACAUCGUCAGCCGUAUGGAAUCACGUGUCAUCGGAAGAUAACCCAGCGGAUAUGAUAUCACGAGGCGUCAAUCUUCGGGAUUUGACUGAGUGCACUUUCUGGUGGCAUGGGCCAAGAUGGCUCAGACUGUCUACGUUACCGUGGUCGGACAAAUACGUUGUGAAUAUCGAUCAAAGUGAAGAACUAGAACCUCGUAAAACCGUCGCGUUACCGAUAAUAGCAGAGAGUGAAGACAUUAUCGACCGAUAUUCGCAGCUCGGUCGCUUGCUAAGAGUUUGUGCGUGGGGGCAUCGGUUCCGUGAAAAUACUCGUCGCGAAGUGACUGAUCGCGUUACCGGUCCGUUGUCGUCCGCGGAAAUCGAUCGCGCGCUCGUCGGUCUCGUUCGUCGUGUGCAAGAGGAACAUUUUGGUCCGGAGAUCGCUCAGCUCGAGCAGGGGCUUCCCGUUGGCAAGAAGUCAAAGCUGCGGUUCUUGAAGCCGUCGCUUGUCCAGGGCGUAAUUAGAGUCAGCGGCCGGCUCCAUCAUUCGGCGCUCUCCGUUGACGAAAAACAUCCUAUCGUGCUCCCUGCUAAACAUCACCUGACGUGGCUGAUCGCCACUUCGGAACAUGCCAGGACUCUCCAUGGUGGUCCAAAUCUUCUACUUUCGUCGCUUCGUCAACGGUUUUGGCCACUCAAUGGGCGGAAUCUAGCUCGAUCCGUUGUUCAUCAGUGCGUCACCUGUGCUAGAGCUCGUCCUCGGUUGCUCGAGCAAAUGAUGGGAGAUCUGCCACCAGUGAGGGUCAACCGAUACUUCCCAUUUGACAACGUUGGCGUUGAUUUUGCUGGACCUCUCUACGUGCGCCACUCGAGUGGCAAGGCGGCUUCGAUCAAGGUGUAUGUCGCAGUCUACGUGUGUCUAGGGAUCAAGGCGGUACAUCUCGAUUUAGUACCUGAUCUUACUACCGAGGGGUUCGUCGCCAGUCUUCGUCGCUUUGUCGGCAGGCGAGGAAAACCACAUCACAUCUACUGCGACAACGGUCGUAACUUCGUUGGUGCGCAGCGAGAGUUGGGAGAACUACGUCGACUGUUUCUGUCCCAAGCGCACAAGGACGCCGUGACAAAGGAGUGCACCGACGGAGGAAUAGAAUUCCACUUCAUACCGCCCAGAUCGCCGUCAAUGGGUGGCAUUUGGGAAGCUGCGGUGAAGUCAAUGAAGUUUCAUCUUCGACGUGUUGUGGGGAACGCGUUGCUCACUGAAACAGAACUUCGUACUGUGCUGAUUCAGAUAGAAGCAACGUUGAAUUCCCGCCCCAUAUCACCGAUGUCAGAGGAUCCACAAGACCUGGAACCACUGACUCCAGGACACUUUCUGGUUGGCAGACCACUCAAUGUCAUACCGGAGCCAGACCUUGGAACCGUAUCGGAGAAACAGCUGUCGCGCUGGCAGCGAGUUCAGAACCUGUCGCAGCACUUCUGGAGACGAUGGAGCAAAGACUACCUCAGCAACCUACAAAAUCGCUACCGCUGGACGGAGGUUUCAGCGAACUUGGUCAAGAACACUAUCGUCUUGCUUCAGGACAAAAACUUGCCUCCGCAGAAGUGGGCCAUCGGGAGGAUCGUCGAAGUUCAUCCGGGCAAGGAUGGACUCGUAAGAGUUGUCUCAGUAAGGACAGCCGCUGGAGUGACACAGAGGGCAGUUAGUAAGCUGUGUCUGCUACCUGUGGAAAUAGACGCAGAGCUUGCAACCGCUCCGUUGAGCGUAGUGAGCCGUCCGGCGCCAGACGAGGAGGAAUGA